GCUGUGCCUGUAUGUUUGCCCAAAGGUGUUUAUCUCUCAUCUAUUGGACGAAGAUCUCUCUUAUCACUGCGCUUCCUACGCAGACAUCUCCCUGCAAUCCACAGAUCACCCUGCAAUCCAUAGAUCGAAUUGAGAUCAAAACUGCUUCAGGUAUCAGCUCGAACAUCACAAGUAAAGAGUAGCUUGUCUGGUCUGGUCUUAUCGUGCAUUCUUCAAUUUUGAGUCGUUUUCUGGGUUCUGAGGAAUGAAUUUCUUGCUUCGAUCUACUUCCUCCGCUACUCAUCGACCGCCCGUGAGCGAACCACCAGCUACGCCACCUCAACCUCCGCCGGAAACAACGAAGCCCGGAGCCACUUUGGAGGGUCUUAUAGCCGAAGAGCCUUUCCCUCAAUAUCCAUCAGUAGAGGAUCAUUUAGAUCGUGUCCCUGACGGUGAUGGUAACGGAGAGUCAAAUGCAAUGAAUGGUGGCUCUGGCAUGGAGAGAUUCUCAGAUGUGUCUGAAGAAGAUGGCUGGAUCGCAAUUCCCUAUAAGGAAAUCCCGGAUAACUGGUCUGAGUCUGUUGAUAUUCAUUCAUUACGCUCCCUGGAUCGUUCCUUUGUUUUUCCUGGGGAACAGAUUCAGAUCCUAGCAUGCUUAGCUGAAAGUAAAGGAGACACAGAGAUUAUUACCCCUUUUAAAGUUGCUGAGGUAAUGAGCAGAACUGGACAGAGAAAGGUCUCUGACAAACAAAAUGGAGAUAUGUCUGAUGAGGCGAGUACACCAUCAGGGGAUGGGGAAAUGAGCCCCGACGGUCAAUUUGCAGCUCAGAAUGGGGACAGCCCUGGUAAAGAGAGUUUGGAUUCGCAAAAGGACGUAUCUGAUGGCGAAUCAAUAUUGAGGAUGGAAGAUCAUAAGAGACGAACAGAAGACUUGCUUUCCAGGUUUCAGAAGUCUCAUUUCUUUGUUAGGAUUGCAGAGUCUGGUGAGCCACUUUGGUCAAAGAAAAGCUCUCUGGUCGCAGAUACAGAGUUAGACCAAAAGAGGGAAAGCGGCAAAAGAAGACCUUGUGUUAGUGCCUUUGUAGAUAGAGGAGACUUCGAUCCUAAUGUUUCUGGAGGUGUAGCUAGAAGUAAGGCAAAGUGCUGUGCCUUGCCCAAUGGAGACAUAGUGGUCUCUUUACAAGUUUAUAUUGUCGACUGUCCCAAAGAACCUAUCAUUGAGAUACUGCAGUUUGAGAAGCAUCAGGACAGGGACGGAUUUUCCGAGAACGAUAAAGACUCGGAUCAUGAAAACAAGGAUCCAUAUGGGAAUCUUUUAAAAUGGUUGAUACCGUUGGAUAACACUAUUCCUCAGCAAUCCCGUUCUUUACCACCUCCUAUAAGCUCUAGUCCAGGUAUCAGCAGCACUGCACACAAGUCCGCACUUUCUUCUGCCUCAGGCUCUCAACUAUUCUCAUUCGGCCAUUUUAGAAGCUACUCCAUGUCCUCUCUACCUCCAAACACUGCACCAGUUUCUGGACCCAUAAAAACUCAGAGCUCUAAACCAUCAUUUGAUAUUGAAGAUUGGGACAGUUACUCAGGUCAAACCGUACGAAACGGUCAGAAGUCUGGGACUGAAGAGCUCUUAUCUUUCCGGGGUGUCCCGUUGGAGCGGGAUAGGUUCUCUGUUCGUUGUGGACUUGAAGGCAUAUUCAUUCCUGGUAGAAGGUGGAGGAGGAAACUCGAAAUCAUUCAACCUAUUGAGAUAAAUUCUUUUGCAGCUGACUGCAAUACAGAUGAUCUUCUCUGCGUUCAGAUAAAGAAUGUGGCUCCUACCCACACUCCAGAUAUUGUAAUAUACGUGGACGCCAUAACAAUUGUUUUUGAAGAGGCAGGGAAAAGCGCCUCUCCUUCUUCAGUACCAAUUGCAUGUAUUGAAGCUGGAAACGAGCACAGUUUGCCGAAUUUAACUCUCAGGAAAGGUGAGGAGCACUCGUUCAUCGUGAAGCCUGCCUUUUCUGUUGGGAGUAAUCUGAAGCCCUCUGCUGCAAGAAAAGAACUCAAAUCAUCGAGUUUGUCUCUUCCAACUGUAAAUUUUGAAAGAAAAGGGAGCGGUUUAAGUGGUGAUCAGUAUGCGGUUAUGGUGUCAUGUCGAUGCAACUACACAGAGUCAAGGCUGUUUUUCAAACAACGAACAAAGUGGAAACCACGAGUUACAAGGGACCUGAUGAUCUCUGUUGCGUCUGAAAUGUCAGGAGAGCCUUGUGGCCCCCAUGGGAGGGCCUCCCAGCUGCCUAUUCAGAUUUUAACUCUUCAGGCAUCCAAUUUGACAUCUGAAGAUCUGUCUUUAACCGUUCUCGCUCCAGCAUCCUUCACAUCACCUCCGUCUGUGGUGUCCCUAAAUUCCACGCCUACCUCCCCUUUAAGCCCAUUCCUAGGGUUCUCUGAGUUCACAGAGAGGGUACAAAGCGAGAAACGCAACACAACAAUGCGUAAACUGAACUCACUACCCCCAAUUCCACUGGAGACAAGGACAGAGAACACAAGUGGUGAACUGAAUUCUGCUUCUUCCAAUCCUCCAGAUGUUGUUCCAAAGAGCGGCUUAGGCUGCACACAUCUCUGGCUACAAAGCCGAGUUCCCUUGGGAUGCGUUCCUUCGAAAUCUACAGCAACGAUCAAGCUAGAGCUACUCCCUUUGACUGACGGCAUAAUCACACUUGAUACUCUCCAAAUCCACGUCAAGGAGAAAGGUCGUAGGUACAUUCCAGAGCAGUCGCUGAAGAUAAACGCAACUUCAAGCAUUUCCUCUGGGAUUUUCUAAGUCUUUACCCAAUACCACUCUUUUUUUUGCCUUUUUUAGAAACAAAAAGAGUCAUCAAACACAGAGCAGUCACGUUUCACAAGUCCAUCUUCAUCUCAAUAGGCUCAUCCAAAGUUUGUGUGUUUUAAAAUUGAUUUUGGUUUCGAUGUUUCAAGGUUUGAAGAAAGUUAUGUUGUAAAACCACUAUUUACUCGAACAUGUGUUUGAAUUCUUCUGUAGUUGAUUGAUUCUGUUUAACUUGCAUAAAGACAAAGACAAUACAACCUUUUGUCGAAUUUUA